CCCCACCUGUAGCUUUAACUACAAAUGGUUCUACAUUGCCUGUUCCAGGAAUGGAAAUCAUGUCUGUUUCACAGAGUUGUUUAUAACCGUCUUGCAAGCCUACCUCUGUUUCAAUAAGGUAAUGGCAGAAUUGACUCAACUCUCAGAGCAGUGACUUUCCUAACUCCUGGCCAUGGCCGAGCUGCUUCAGUGUCGCCAGCCUUCGUGUUGCUUUCUCCUGGGCCAGCUCACCACUUCUCUAACUACACACUUCUGCAGCAGCAGCAGCAAGGUCAAGAUCAACAUAGCUGACAUAAACCUGAUACAUGGAUCAGAGAUGGUUUUCGUGGAGGACAUGGUCAUAUUCAAGACUAUUUUAAGAGAACAGUUCUCCUUUAUGUCCCAGUCAAGAGAAAGAGGAACCAAGCCAUGUGUGAAAAACUUGGUCCUGAGUCCCUGUGGUCUGAGAAGAGAAUGCAAGUUUUUUACAAUAAGUUUUGAGGAUGGUCUAUCUUCAGUUGGCCCCUAUCAAGAGAGCUGCUGUUAGAGGAGAAAAGGCUGACAGGGUACCACUCAAAAUGAUUUGAAGUCCAACUCACAUUUGGAACUCACCAGACUUCAGAUUUUAACUCUUCUCCAGAUUAAUUCUCUUGGCCACCUUUUGGGUUCCAUGGAUUUUGUUUAGAUAGAGAGGCAAACAAGUUAAGGAAUGAGCUCAGCUGCGUCUAAACAUAGGGGCCUGAAACACUGUUUUAGAACCUGACACCUUCUCCUGAAGCCAGUGACUAAGGGAAAUAAUCCAACGCCCAGAAGAGAAACCUCUUCCUCUUCAUGUGGGGAACCUUAGCUAGAAACCUUGUGAUAAACUCCAGUGCACACAUCCUGCCUCUUGUGCCUGCUGCAGGGCUUCUGCUCCAACCAGACCUGGUAAGGUUGCUGGAGCCUGAGUCAUGUCACUUCAUCCAGUUAUCCUGCUGGUGCUUGGUGAGUCCUGGGAAAAACUGAGGGGUGGGGAAGGGAGUCUAUUCUUCACUCAGCCUUGAGACCAGCCAAGGAGAUUCUGGAGCCCCUGAGAGGAGUGCCUCUCCGCCCCCACUUCCUACUUGGAAGAUACCUCUGCAGGCUUAGUGUUAGGAACAGUGAUGGGGCAUGAAGUCAGAUUCAGCCUUAACGGACUGAGGAAGAGCCUGUUUGGAAGGGAAGAUGACUUGGGGACAUUUAUUUUUCCUGGUGUUGGAGGUUGAACUCAAGGCCUCCUGCAUGCUAGUGCUGUGCCUGGGAUGGAAAGUUAACACACAGGAGGGUUCUCUGCAUGAUGUUACCAUCUUCCCUAAGUCAAGUCUUAUGAUCACCCAAGGGAGUUUUCUAACUAUUGUGUGUUCAUACACUGGUGAAUACCACUUGUAUAACAUGGUCCGCCUGGAGAAGGAUGGCAGCACCUUUAUGGAAAAGAGCACUGAGCCUUAUACAAUAGGGGAUAAAUUUGAGAUUGGGCCAGUGGAUGAAAGCAUUACUGGACAUUAUUGGUGUAUCUAUUCGAAUGCGACUACCUGGUCCGAACGUAGUAAUAAGCUGGAGCUAAAGGUGAUCAAAGAAAAUGUCAUCCAGGUUCCUGCCCCAGGUCCAACAACCACCUCAGAUACAUCUUGGCUAAAGACAUACAGCAUUUACAUUUUUCCUGUGGUCUCUGUGAUUUUCCUCCUUUGUCUUUCCGUCCUUCUGUUCUGCUUCUUCAGGCACCGUCAGAAAAAGCAGGGACUCCCAAACAACAAAAGACAGCAGCAGAGGCCAGAAGGGAGGCUAAAUCUAGCUACUAAUGGCCUGGAGAUGACUCCAGACGUAGUUGCAGAUGACAGGCUUCCUGAGGACAGAUGGACAGAAACCUGGACCCCAGUUGCAGGAGACCUUCAAGAGGUGACAUAUGCCCAGCUGGACCAUCACUCCCUCACACAGAGAGCAGUUGGAGCUGUGACCUCACAGAGCACAGAUAUGGCUGAGUCCAGCACAUAUGCAGCCAUCAUCAGAUGCUGAGCCUGGGCACACCUGGAGACACACAUGGAAAAGCCUGAAGAAUCCACUAAGGCCUUCUCUUGUGAUCAGCCUGGUGUGGAAAGCAAGGUCCCUGUUCCCCAUCCAGAUGAUGAAUUGUAUAUGUGUUAGUAUCAUCACUUAGGAAGACUAUAUUGCAAUAAGUUUCAGAGCCCUAGUUACACUUACCUAGCUAUUUCCAGAGACACGGUUAUAGCUCUUUUAGCUGUUUCUUCAGACCCAUCCAUAUCCCAUAUUAUUUAAUGAAUAGCACUGUAAUUGUCCAGCUGCCUUUACAUCCCCAGUUGUGUAAUGAGCCCAGUGAACCCUAAAGGCUUCCUUGGAUCUCCCUGAUGACUCUGACUGGGAUGUACUCAUGCAGCUGAAGGCUGAAUCCCUUCUCAGCCAGGCCUUAUGGAGUGCAUCAUGGGUAUUUUUGAAGAUGGAGCAUCUACAGUCCAUGUGGGUCUUGGACAUACAGACUGUAAGGACUCAAACUCUGUUUUCAUUGUUAUCCAAAGAUGAGUGGAGAAAUUAAGGCUACAAAAGGGUGCAUAUAAUUCCCUUUUCUUUAAAAUAUAUGUUUAAUUGACCAAGAUUGUGCAUACUCAAGUGUGAACUAUCAGAACUCGGUUUGACAUUGUGUAUGUAGCCAUCAUCACAAAUACUCAACACAACUGCCACUGGAUGACUUGAACAUAUUCACUGAUGAUUGAACUUUGGGUUGGUGUUUCUUGAUGGUAUGUGUUGAUCAGGAAUGGAAGAAAA